ACCACUUUUUGCUGUGUGAAAUAGGUGGCAGCCGUGGCUAAUGCUCUGUUCCUCUUUCCCAGAAGCUUUCAGACUCUCCUUCAAGACUAAUCUCAAGAAGCCAUUAUCCCGAAGGAAGACAAGGACAGCCAUGCCAAACUUGGACAACUCCUUGAUCCUCACGGCCUACAUUAUUAUCUUGCUCACCGGUCUCCCUGCCAACCUCCUGGCGCUGCGGGCCUUCCUGCGGCGCGUGCGCCAGCCCCACCCCGCACCCGUCCACAUCCUCCUGCUCAGCCUGACGCUGGCCGACCUCCUGCUGCUGUUGCUGCUGCCCUUCAAGAUCAUCGAGGCCGCGUCUGACUUCCGCUGGAAGCUGUCUGAUCUAGCCUGUGCCCUCAUGGGUUUCGGCUUCUACAGCAGCAUCUACUGCAGCACGUGGCUACUGGCGGGCAUCAGCAUCGAGCGCUACCUGGGAGUGGCUUUCCCCGUGCAGUACAAGCUGUCCCGCCGGCCCAUGUAUGGAGUGAUCGCCGCUCUGAUCGCCUGGGUCAUGUCCUUUGGUCACGGCACCGUGGUGAUCAUCGUUCAGUACCUGAAUUCAACCCAGAGGGCCACAAAGGAGAAUGAGACCACCUGCUAUGAGAACUUCACCCAAGAGCAGCUGAGAAUAUUGCUUCCCAUUCGGCUGGAGCUGUGCCUCCUCCUCUUCUUCAUCCCUAUGGUGGUCACCACCUUCUGCUACUCGCGCUUCGUGUGGAUCAUGCUCACCCAGCCCCACGUGGGGGCUCAGAAGCGGCGCCGAGCCGUGGGGCUGGCCAUCGUGUCGCUCCUUAAUUUCCUGCUGUGCUUUGGGCCCUAUAACAUAUCCCACCUGGUGGGGUUCCACAUGAAGGCAAGCCCCAAGUGGCGGAGGGAAGCUGUGGUGUUUGGUAGCCUCAAUGCCGGUCUGGACCCCUUGCUUUUCUAUUUCUCUUCUUCAGCCGUACGCAGGUCCUUUGGGAAAGGGCUGCAGGCACUGCACCGUCGGGGCUCCUCCCUGCUGGGACGCAGAGGCAAAGAAACAGCGGAGGCAGCGAAUGAGGACCGGGGCGUGAGUCAAACAGAGGGUGUGCCGAGUUCAGACUUCACCACGGACUAGGGAUGUUCUGGACCUUCGGAGGAACUCUGAGUUUCCUACUUGAGCAGGCUUGCAGAGGGAGAACACGGGUUCCUGGCCCUGAUUCAGAGACCGUCCCCGCCCCAGACCCAAUCCACUCCUGGGGCCUGUAAAAAUCUCUCUCAUCAGCUCCAUAUCCCUUCCUGACUGAAUUUCCUUCCCAAAGGAGCAUAGCCCCAGGACUAAAGAAGAAACAGUUGGGCACAGAAGAUCAGACCAGAGUUUCUGAAGCAAUGUAGCUAAUACAGAUUCCAGCAGUCCUUGUGAGGUGGUUAGUAGCUGAAGCUAAGGCAAUCUUGCUACCAGCUUUGAAACAACACCUACACACUGGUCUAGUUGGUGAUGCUGGAAAGAAGCCCAUGGAAAAGAUGGAAGAGAAAUACUAAACGAGGUCAAAGAAGAUGUAGAAAGGUUCUGAACCAAGGGGACUAGAAGGGAGGACAGGGAUUUAGACCUUUAAUGACUGAGGUGUGGACAACAUCCAUCUGACCUGCUGCUUUGUAAGUAUGAUCCUGUCUUCAUGUGUGUACCUGUCUCCCCCAAUAAACUGGGAGCCACCUGAGGUCUGGGUAGGUAUUCUCCCUCCAUGGUGCUCCGGGCAGGUCAGAACCCAGCUUGGUACCCGUCAGUUAGAACUCAACUCUGACUAGCACAGGAAAAGACAAUCUGGUCUGGGAGA